AUGCGCACUUCAAUAGCGACAGGCGCACGAGAGAUGUCUCGCCUUUGCGCGAGGUGCCGGCAGCAGGCAAAGGUGGCCCGGCCAUCUGGGACAGUGGCGACCGCACGAUGGGUUCCGAGAAUGAAUACUAGCAGUACGAGUCAAAAGCGAUGGAUGUCGAGGACGGCCCCCUUCUCCCGGCCGGUAACAGCGGCCCAGACCAGCGAAGCGACGGCUGCCUCCAGCUCGCAAGCAAGCAAACCUCCCACGACGCACUACGACUUUUUCCCCAUCACCCUCCCCGACGGCCCGCCGCCCAAGGGUCACUUCCCAAUCGACCAGCGCGCCCUUCGACGCGAGUUCCUCCGGCUACAGGCCAAAGCACACCCGGACAUGCACCCAGCAGAUCUCAAGGCGCGCGCUGAGGCAACGUCGGCGCGUAUCAACGAGGCGUACAAGACGCUUUCGAACCCGUUGCUGCGCGCGCAGUACCUUCUCUCGCUGCGCGGCGUUGACGUCGCCGAAGACGAGACACUCAAGGUCGAGGACCCAGAGCUGCUGAUGAUUGUGCUCGAGGCGCGUGAGGAGAUCGAGGAAGCGACAAGCGAGAGCGAGCUGGAGGGUCAGCGCGCGGCCAAUGACGAUCGCAUACGCAAGAGCGAGGAGGUGCUCGAGGAAGCUUUCCGUCACGACGAUAUCGAGACGGCGAAGCGGGAAGCGGUGAAACUCCGGUAUUGGGUAAAUGUUCAGGAGAGCUUGAACAACUGGGAGGCUGGGAAGCCGAUUGUCCUGCAACACUAA